AUGAGCCAAACCGACCAAACUUUUCAACCCCCCUACAACGUGGACGAACAUCUCGAAAACUCUGCUACACGCAGCGACCAAAAUGCAACCUGCCGAGGCCAUUACAGUAACGGUUCGAAGGAACAAAGCGGGUCUACUUCAAGAAGCAAACGUCACUCGAGUCCAGAUUUUGAGCCAAGUCCAAAACGAACUCGAGACCCGAUGACCCGGAGCGAGGACAGAGCAGACGAAGAGUCAUCACUUGGAAGGCGGAGCGCGAGGCCCUCGAGGAGGAAGACAAGUGCGACGCAAGACCGCUCGUACAUUUCCUGGAAAGACGUCCCAGAGGCGGAAGUCAGCCGAAGAUUACCAGACAAGGACGAGACCGUGAUAUCAAGUCGAGAAACAUCAAAAGAAGAGACUCAACCCGUAGCAGUCAAAAAGGAACCCGAAACGGCGGAAGAAGAACCACCUUUUGAUCCAACGAUCGAGUCCAAAGAAUAUACCGGGGACCGUUUAACAACUCCGGAUGACGAAGCAAGCAUCAGUAGUUGGAUAAGCGAGACAGACCCGUCGAUCGAGAGAAACCAUCAGCGGGUAGAGGAAACGAAGGAGAUUCUCGAGCGAUUAGAAAGUAAUUUCCGAAAAAGUAUUAGGAAAAUCACGGCAUUAGUUGGAGGUGCGCAAAAAGGAAAAUUGAGAGACGAAGUAAAAGAGCUUCAAGAAAACUUAGAAAGAGACAAAGCCGAUUUGAUCUCAGUGGCUAGUAAAUAA